CUGCUUGCAGUGGCACUAAGGAGCUGUUGACGCCCAGGUAGACAUUAUCACUUACACACACACACAGCACUUAACCUAGACAAGUUUUCUGAGAAGGGGAGCGGGUAAAAAAAAAAAAAAAAGCACUGUUUGCGGGUUAAUUAUCCGGAUAGAUACUCUGCGUGACCUGGACUGCUUACACACCUGUGUGAGUGCCACUGGAGAAUGUAGCUGCAGCCUGCUAGCCAGGCCACAGGACACGCACCAACAUGGGAGAAGCUCAGAAGGGCUUACUGUCUGUCAUAGAGAAACUGAAAGGAUCUACAGAUCAGGAGGUCAGGAUAGUGCUGCUGGGUUUGGACAACGCAGGCAAGACCACGCUGCUGAAAAACCUGGCCUCUGAAGACGUGAACACCAUCACGCCAACGCAGGGCUUCAACAUAAAGAGCGUGGCCUCUCAUGGCAUGAAACUCAAUGUUUGGGACAUUGGAGGACAGCGGAAGAUUAGACCCUUUUGGAAAAAGUACCUGGAAAACACAGACCUCUUGAUUUACGUUAUUGACAGCGCAGACAAGAAGAGGUUUGAGGAGACGGGACUGGAGCUGUCUGAGCUGAUUGAUGAGGAGAAUUUAAAGGGCGUUCCUGUGCUCAUCUUCGCUAAUAAGCAGGAUCUGGCCACAGCAUCACCAGCCAGUGAGAUCGCUGAGGGCCUCAACCUGCAUACGUACCGGGACCGCGAGUGGCAAAUUCAGGCCUGCUCGGCUGUGUCUGGGGAAGGAGUUCAGGAUGGCAUGAACUGGAUUUGCAACAACAUUGUGAACAAGAAGAAGUAAAGAACCAUCCCAAGCAACUCCAACCAGGACCAAACAGAGCACCGGCGUCGCAAAAUGGGAUUGACAUGUUUCCCUUCGUCUAAUUCUGAUGCAUCCAGCUCACCUCAUAGAUUGCAAUAACUUGUUUUUUUUUGUGAAUUGUUAUUUUUAUUAAGAUUUUUCAAAGGUAGUUGAUGCAAAGAAGUACCUCUAGUUCUAAGAUGUAUUAGUAUUUUAAUGUACUAUCAUUAUUUUUGAAAUGAAAUGUUUCUGUUUAAACCCAAAAGAUACCACUCUGUUGAAACUGUAUGAUUUCUUUAACAAUACAAUAACCAAGGAAAGUGUGUAGCCAUGCAGUAGUAGUGUGUGUCUGUGUGUGUGUGCGUGUGAAGCAAGCAUUUUGACAAUAAAAUUAGUCAUUUCUGUUUUUUGUUAAUUGUUUUCAAAUCAAAUCCAUCUCUAUAUAAUCAAAGUGUCUACGUAUUUAGCUCGGCACCGCGCACAGCCAAGUGAUGUCAGUGAUGGCAAGGAGCUGCAUUAAUGUCAAUGUAUAUACUUCACUAUGAAACAAUUACAAGCUAAUCUGACAAGUGCUUACAUUUUGCGGUGAGAAGGAGACAAACUGAGCAACAAGACUU